AUGGAAUCAUGAUUACAUAUUAAUGAUAAUCAGUGUGUAUGUAUGUGUUUUUAAUGGCUUGGAACAGAAUGAGACAGAAUAAAUGAUUGCAAAAAUUAAUUUGAAAAUUUUUUGUUUAAUUUUAGGCUAUUUUUUAAAAACUGUUUAGAAGAAGUUGCGAUGGGUUUUAAUUGAUAUGAUGAUACACUUUUCAAUUCUACACAUAUGGCCUAAAUUAGAGCCAUGUUGCUUUGAAGUUAUUAAUAUGAUCAACUGUCAUCCAAUGGUAACUUCCAUGAAAUCCUUCAUUUUGAUUGGCCGCUGAGCAUUGUUGAUGGCAAAGUUACUAUGAUUGUGUAAAGUUGUUAAGUUUGCGAAACGGCUCUGAUCUGCUUUGCUCUUGAGAUGUCAUAAGAUACAUGUAGUUUGAUAAUGCAGUGGCAAAAAAAACAUGCUUUAGUUGCUAGGUUAAAGAAUAUUGAAAGAGACAUUUAAAGAAAUGUUGAUAAUGUUGCCAAUAGCAAUGUUAUAUACAAAUAGUAAGAUCAAAGUUUGUCAAGACGAAGGAAUCUUGUCUUGAUAUAUGAAACCCUCAUGCAUGGUGAUGCAAAGUGACUGCAUUCUUUCAUCCAGUACCACCCUAAAGUGUGGAAAUGCUUUGAUGUAAUGUACAUUGAUGAAAGCGCCAGCAGAUUAAUGAAUUAUUUUGUCUAACUGCCCAAUGCUCAAGCCAUUGCAAUAGCAAUUUAUGUGCUCUCUUCCAUGCAUGCAUUUUUCAAUAAUCAUGAAUGCAUUUUUCAAUAAUCAUGAAUGCAUUUAUGAUAUUUUUUUAGUACAAAUUAUCUAAAUAUGGGAAUGUUGACAAUUUAGGUUCAUGAUAAAAUCUGAAAUGAUGAAGGAUGAUACAGAAGUUUUCAUUAAUUCUAAACUAUCUAAAACGUUUUGAAAUCUUUCUUUUGUCAAAUUUAUCUCAUGAAUUGAGAGCAAACAUGUCCAUGUUUAAACCAUUGAAUAAAUUAGUCAUUAUGAAUUGAAAAUUUGAUAAUGGAUAUAAUCUAGUGAGGGAUGUUUUACAUGCAUUUGCAUGUGUAUUGCAUAAUGCAUUUUCCAACUUCCAGUAUCAAAGGCUCUUAACCCAUGGAAUGUGAAACUCUCUAAUUUCCAUAGACUUUCUAUCUUUCUCAAUCAUGAAUUGUAUUUGAUUUUUUGUAAUUGUUUUUCUUUCAGGUGAGCCAAGCGACAUGGUAUUCUGUUCUCUCAAGCUCGGUAUAUCACUGCUGAGGGGAGGCAAUGAAUUGGUUCAGAGGAAAAUGCUUGAACAUCUUCAGGACAAGAUGGAUGUUGGGUUCUUCACCAGUGUGGCUGAGCUCAUGGAGAAAUGCACAGUCCUAGAUCUGGAAGCAUUUGAGAGGUACAACAAAGCUGAAGGUUUGGGCGUGACUUCUGGAGAAAACGCAGGCUGUGAUGGACUUAGAGCAGGAGAGAAGGCAAUGCACGAUGCAGAGUUCACUUGCGCCCUCUUCAGGUUUCUGCAGCUGCUCUGUGAAGGUCACAAUUUAGAAUUUCAAAACUAUUUGAGAACCCAAGCAGGCAACCAUACUACAGUCAAUAUCAUCAUCUGCACUGUGGAUUAUCUACUGAGAUUACAGGAAUCAAUCAGUGAUUUCUACUGGCACUACUCUGGCAAAGAUGUUGUUGAUGCUCAGGGUCGAGAGAACUUCUCCAGGGCAUUCAAGGUUGUGAAGCAAGUCUUCAGCUCCCUAACUGAAUACAUACAGGGUCCAUGUUCUGGGAACCAGCUAGCCCUAGCCCACAGUCGUCUCUGGGAUGCUGUGGUAGGGUUCCUCCAUAUCUUUGCCAAUCUCCAGAAGAAAUUAUCCCAAGACACCAGUCAGCUGGAGCUCCUCCGUGAGCUGCUCAACCUCCACAAAGAAAUGGUUGUAAUGCUGCUUAGUAUGCUUGAAGGUAAUGUGAUGCAUGGUACCACUGGUAAACAGAUGGUGGAUACUCUUGUAGAGUCGUCAUCUAAUCUAGAGAUGAUAUUGAAGUUCUUUGACAUGUUCCUGAAACUGAAAGACCUUUCUUCUUCUGAGGCAUUUAGGGAAUAUGAUGCAAAUGGCGAUGGUUGGAUCUCACACAAAGAGUUUCAAAAGGCCAUGGAAGCACAGAAGAUGUACACAGCAGAUGAGAUUGACUACUUGUUGAAGUGUGCUGAUAGGAAUAACGAUGGAAGGAUCGAUUUCAACGAAUUCACAGAGAGAUUCCAUGGACCUGCCCAAGAUAUCGGUUUCAAUCUGGCUGUGCUGUUGACCAACCUUGCAGAUCACAUGCCUGGUGAUAGAAGGUUGGAACGGUUCUUACUGCAAGCAGAGAGUUUACUGAUAUACUUUGAACCCUACCUGGGUCGUAUUGAGAUCAUGGGCAGCAGUAGAAGAAUUGAACGAGUGUACUUCAAGAUCACAGAAUCACACAAAGCACAAUGGGAGAAACCCCAAAUCAAGGAAUCUAAACAACAGUUCCUUCAUGAGGUUGUCAAUGAAGGUGGAGAGAAAGAAAAACUGGAAGACUUUGUCAACUUCUGUGAGGACACUAUCUUUGAGAUGCAACAUGCAACCAGCAUCAGUGACACGGGCGAGAGCUUUCCAGAGAUCUUCAUGAGCCUGCUGACCUUUGGCGCCAGCCGGGACUCCCAGAACUGGCUGGUGUGGGCCGUCCGGGGUCUGAGGCCGUCCAACAUCCGCAGGCUGACGGGAGACUUCUUCAGCAGCUCCCAGUAUAAUAUCAAGCAGAUCCGUUCAAUGUCUCUCUUCAGGCUCUUCUUUGGUAUCAUCAGGCUCACUAUCAUGGGUGUCUUCAAACUGUUCAAGUUUGCCUUUGUCAUUGUGGGGUAAGUCUGAACAGAAAUUAUUCUCUAUCCCAACACCAAACUUGUUAUGCUUGUAUGAUAGUAAUUAAUGAUUGCUAGUUAUGAAGCACUUGUAUCCAUAGUGCAGAGUGCUUGUGGUGCCAUUUAUCAAAUAUUGGCAAUGUCCUGCUUAUAAAACCUUGAGACUUACAUACACUCAAACAUUCAAACUUGCCACUUUCCUUAUGGUUUUUGUUUGUGUUUUUUUAUAUCUAGCUUUGGUGUGAGAUUAUUGAGUGUUUGAGUGAGUGAAUAUUAUUGUGAUCAAUUUCUUGAUGAACAUUGUGUACAUGGGUAAAGCAUCUCUUUACAUACUUGACAACUUCUUCAAUUUUUCUUGGUUGUGAGUAGCACAAGUGUGUAUUAUUGUACGAAAGAACUUGCAAGUUUGUAUAUUAUGCUAUGUUACCUUGCUGUGAUGCAGGAGAUUGAAAAUCAUUUUUUGUAUGGCGAAUGCAUGAUUGCUCCCAAUGAAAACAUAGCUAUGUUUUUUAAAUGAUCCUAUUUUUUUAAGUAACUUGGUCUGAGUAAUAAGCAAGAAGGCCAUGAGCACUGACAUGGUUCGCUUUGUCAAGCCUGUUUUUGUUCAUGAUUCACCUUGUGCUUCCUUGGUUUGUAAUGAAAUAUAUAUUUUGAUGACAUAGAACUUAACACUUUUGUACACCUCAGAUUUGCAAUCUGCAGCUGAAAUAUCAAUUAGAACACCCAUGUACAUGCUUCCAUUUUUGUGAUCGAAUCUUUACAUGAUUCUUCAUGUGUGCAUCUAGCUUGUGGAAUGUUCCCUCACAAUUCCUUGGCUUUGUUGUGAAAAACAGCUAUCCACCUUAAUAGCAGUCAUAAGAAAAAAUAAAUCCUAAAAUUUGUAGUUGAUUAAAAUUAGCCAUAUUAUGAUGUUUGUGUGAGUGAGAAUGAUAAUAAAGUGUUUUUUACUGCACCGAUUUCUGCUCACUCAGGCACUCGUGGCUCUUACUCAUUUGUCUUUAGACUUUUGAAGCAUUCAGUGAUGAGCUGGCCAAUAAACAGUGGUUCCAAACUAUAGCUGCAGUUAGUGUUUAUUUGAUGAUAAGUUUGCUGAGAUUAAGCAGCAUGUGAUACUUGGGUACUGAAAUACAAAUUAGCAUGGUCAUGAAAUAUGAUAUUUAAAAAUCAUGCCCCUACUUUUUUUUACUCUUUUUUUUUCUUUUUCUUUUUGUAAUCCACUGCUCGAAUCUGUUUUCAGUAUAGCAUUCAAGAUUUAUGCUGUAAACUUUGUUAUAAAGCUAAGACAAGUAAACAGGAUUUAUUUUUAAUUUUUCAAAAGUUUUAUUUUGUAGUGAAUAAAAUACAAAAGAUUACUAAUUCUCAGAAAGUGUGGUACGUAUCUGCUCUUCUUCCACUUUCUGACUAUACAUGCCCCAUACUGAAUUAUUUCAAAUAGCACUUGCAUAAAGUGUAGAGAGGUUCUUUAGGUACUCAUUGACUGAUUUUGACCUCUGUCAUACCCCUCCUUGUGUUCACUGCCUAAAAUCUCAUUCUUUAUUGGUCUCAAACGUGACAUCUCUCCAGAAUGUCUGGUCCAUAAAAUAUUCAAGUCUAGCGCCACCAUGUGGCAAUAUAUAUCCACUGCCAUAUUUUGUUCCUGUUUGUUCACAACUUUAUGAUAGACUUUGUUCCCUGCCACACCUAUUUCUAAUGGAGAAUGUAAGGUCAGUUCAAUAUUCUAGUCUAGUGCCAUCUCCUGGCAUAUGCAUACAGUGAUCCAGUUCUUUGAAUUGGAGUACAAUUACUGAAACAUAGGGCUCUACCACGCCCUUUCCCCCUCUCUGUUAAAGGAUUACAUAAUUUCAAAUCCAUUCAAUAGUUGAGUCUAGCGCCAUCAUGUGGCACAAUUUUUACAAUGAUAUCAUGUCUUUAUCUGCCGGGAUUAUAUUUAACUUCCUCUUUGUGUACUAAUGAUUUGAUAGCAAAUUGUGAUAGAUUCAUGGUGAAUGAGAUUAGGAUUAAAGCUGCACUAUGUGUUUUAGGAGGGAAAUAGAGACAAUAAUUGUUAAGUUAUAAGUGCCAGUUGUAUGAUUAUUUCAGUGAGUCUAAUUGAUGCCAAAUAAUUAAAUGUUGAAUUUGAAAAACAUAUAUGAGUAGGUUUUAGAGUUAAUGUGUUCAUAUAAUUUGAUCAGAUGUCAGGUCCAUG